GGCGGCGCUAGCUCUCUCGGUGUGGUUCUCCAGCCUCCAGAAAAACGGCGAAGCAGCUAAAUGUUUCCAUAUGCAGUAGAACCAGCCGCUCGCAGCGUCGUUGUUGUCGGACGGAGAGAAAGAGGAGCUGCUCUGCUAAAUGAAAAUCGUCCUAGUGUCCACUUUGCUCUGUUCAGAUUUACCUCCAAAAACAUCGAGAUGUCAGAGGAGUCAGAGGAAGAUAUCGGACUGCUGAAUUUAGAAGAGAUUAAACAAGAGAAUAUAGAGGAGCUGUAUUGUUGCUCAGAGUGUGGGAAGAUAUUUGAACAAGAAAGUGGCCUCAAAUCACACCAGUGCACUCAUGCAGGAGAGAACCCAUACGCCUGUUCGGAGUGUGGGAGAAGCUUCAGGCACUCUAAAACUUUUAAAAAGCACAAGUGCACCAGGACGGAGGAUGGGUGUUCUAUUACGGUGGUUCUUGAACCUGAUGACUGUGAAGAAGCAGGAGAUCCCGUCCUGAUCGGCAGGUCCCGCUUCUGCACUGCCACAUUUGAAAGGCAUUCUCCUUCUCCUGGUGUUGCAUCAAGUUUCCCUCCUGAAACACAUCAGGAGAUGCUGCCAGAGGAACAUGGAAGACUGCUUAAAUCGGUAGAGAUUAAGCAUGAGAAUGUGGAAGAGCCGCAUGGUUCCUCUGAAUGUGAAACGCAUUUUAAACAAGAGAGUGAUCUUGAAUCAAAUCACUGCCCUGACACAGGGGAGGAGCUGCCUGAGUGCUCAGAGGGUGAUAUGGAUAUCAGUAAUCAGAGUCAUCUUCAACAACAACACCAUGUUCACACAGAAGAGGGACCGUUUGACUGCUCCAAGUGUGGACAAAGUUUUGAUGAGGAAAGUGCUCUAAAUAAGCACAAGUGCUUUCAUACAACAAAGAAGCCAUAUUGCUGUUCAUCCUGUGGAAAGAGUUUCACCAGAUCCAGUAACCUGCAGCAACACCAGCGCAUUCACACAGGAGAGAAGCCCUACUGCUGUUCGUACUGUGGAAAGAAUUUUACUAGAUACAGUAACCUUCAUCAGCACCAGCGCAUUCACACAGGAGAGAAGCCCUUUUGCUGUUCGUACUGUGACAGGAGUUUUACUACAUACUGCAAUCUCCAACAACACCAGCACACUCACACUGGCGAGAAGCCGUAUCAGUGCUCGGAGUGCGGCAAGAAUUUUUCUGACAGUGGUACUCUCACGAGACACAAACGCAUCCACACAGGAGAGAAACCAUAUCAGUGCCCAGAAUGCGGCAAGAGUUUUAACCAGAACAGUACACUGCAGCUGCACCGUCGCAUUCACACAGGAGAGAAACCGUAUUACUGCACACAGUGUGGAAAGAGUUUUAUUGACAUAUGCACUUUAAAAACACACCUGAUCAUUCACACAGGAGAGAAGCCCUAUUGCUGUAAGUGCUGUGGAAAGAGCUUUACUAGACACAGCAAUCUCCAACAACACCAGCUCAUUCACACAGGAGAGAAAACACAUUUCUGCUCAUACUGUGGAAGGAGUUUCACCAGAUACAGUUAUCUUCAAGUACACCAGCGCAUUCACACAGGAGACAAACCAUAUGUCUGUUCAGAGUGUGGGAACAGUUUUAAUCGAAAGAGCGCUCUUGAACAACACCAGCGAGUUCACACAGGAGAGAAACCAUUUGAGUGCUCAGAAUGUGGGAAGAGUUUUUGCCAGCAGGGUACCCUUCAAGUACACCAGCGUAUUCACACAGGAGAGAAACCCUAUCAGUGCUCAGAAUGUGGGAAGAUCUUCAGGUAUUCAAAAGCAUUAAAGACACACAAAUGUGCGGAGAAGGAGGGGGAUAAUUCUGAACCUGUGGUUUUUGAAGAACCUGCUUUAGAGCGUGACAGCCCCGAGUCCGCGGCGGCGCUGCUUCUCUCAGCGCAGGGUUCCAGCAGCCAGACAAAGCGGAGAAGCAGAUCCCGGACAUACAGCAUCCGCUCAGGGUGUUGUUGUUGGCGGACGCAGAGAAACAGGACCUGCCCUGCUAUAAUUGUCCUUCUUCUAGUCUUGCCACAAACACCUCAAGAGAUGCCACAAGAGGAGCCUGUAAGACUUCUGAAACCAGAAGAGAUUAAACAUGAGAAUAUAGAGGAACAAAAUUGUUACUCUGAGUGUGAGAAGAGUAUCAAACAAGAGGACGAUCUUGCAUCACGUCCCUGCACUCGUGCUGAGGAGCAGCCAUAUGACUGCUCAGAGUGUGAGGGGGAUCUGGAUAGUAGGAGUCCUCUGCAACAACACCAGGGCACUCAAAUAGGAGAGAAACUGCUUCAGUGCUCAGUGUGUGGGAAGGGUUUUACAGACAAAACUACUUUAAAUACACACCAGUGUCUUCAUACAGGAGAGAAGCCCUAUUGCUGUUCACAGUGUGGAAGGAGUUUUACUAGAUACGGUAAUCUCCAGCAACACCUGCGCAUUCACUCGGGAGAGAAGCCGUAUUGCUGUUCAUACUGUGAAAGGAGUUUUUCUCGGUACAAUACUCUCCAACUGCACCAGCACACUCACACAGGAGAGAAGCCCUAUCAGUGCUCAGACUGUGGGAAGAAUUUUGCUGACAGAGGCACGCUCGUACGACACAAACGCAUCCACACGGGAGAGAAACCGUAUCGGUGCUCAGAGUGUGGGAAGAGUUUUAAUCAAAAGAUUAGUCUCCAGCUACACCAGUACAUUCAUACAGGAGAGAAGCCCUACUGCUGUUCAUACUGUGGAAGGAGUUUUAGUAGAUACGGUAAUCUCCAACAUCACCUGCGCAUUCACACAGGAGAGAAGCCUUAUUGCUGUUCAUACUGUGAAAGGAGUUUUACCAGAUACAGUAACCUCCAGCAACACCAGCACACUCACACAGGAGAGAAGCCCUACCAGUGCUCAGAGUGUGGAAAGAGCUUUGCUGACAGGGGAACCCUCGUACGACACAAACGCAUCCACACGGGAGAGAAACCGUAUCAAUGCUUGCUAUGUGGCAAGAGUUAUAAUCAAAGCAGUAGUCUCCAUCUGCACCAGCGCAUCCACUCAGGAGAGAAGCCGUUUUACUGCUCUGCUUGUGGGAAAAGUUUUUUUGACAAGUGCACUCUAAAAAAACACCAGAUCAUUCACACAGGCGAGAAGCCCUACUGCUGUACAUGCUGUGGGAAGAGUUUCACUAGACACAGUAAUCUCCAACAACACCAGCGCAUUCACACAGGAGAGAAGCCCUACUGCUGUUCAUACUGUGGAAUGAGUUUCACCAGAUACAGUAACCUGCGUCAACACCAGCGCAUUCACACAGGAGACAAACCAUACGUCUGCUCAGAGUGUGGCAAGAGUUUUAAUCGGCGCAAUGCUUUUCAGCGACACCAGCUUAUUCACACAGGAGAGAAGCCCUAUCAGUGUUCAGAGUGUGGGAAGCCAUUUAGGUACUUAAAAGCAUUAAAGACACACAAGUGUGCCGAGAACGAGGAGGAUAAUUCUAUAACCGUGGUUCUUGAUACUGAUUUACAUGCAGAAGAUCCUGCUUUCAUUAGUAGUCCAUGCCUUAGCACUUCUGCAGUGUUGGAAGGAGACAAAAAGGAGCUGGACGGUUCGAUGAUCUCUAAGCAGUUCUUCCUGGCUGCGUCUGGAAGCUUUGCUACUGCACACGUCCUCUGCUCUCCUGUAGCAGAGCAGUGGCAAAGCUUCCAGAUACAGCCAGAAAAAAUGAACAGCGUCCUAACAUCCACUUUCCUGUGCUCAACUUCACCUCCACAAACACAUCAGGAGAUGCCACCAGAGGAUCACGUCAGACUGCUGAAAUCAGAAGAGAUAAAACAUGAGAAUAUGGAGGAGUCGCAUGAGCGUGGGAAGAGUUUUACACAAGAGAAUCAUCUCAAAUCACACCAGCGCUCUCACGCAGGAGAGAAGCCGUAUCACUGUUCAGAGUGUGGGAGAAGCUUCAGACACUCUAAAACCUUAAAAGCACACACUUGCUCCAGGAUGGAGGAUGGUUAUUCUAUAGCUGUAGAUCUUGAACCUGAUAACAGGGAAAAAGCAGAUCUUGCUCUGGUCAGCAGUCCAUACCACUGUGUGCCCUCAUUUGAAAGAUGUUCUCCUUCUCCUGGUGUUCACUCAAAUCUACCUCCACAAACCCAUCAGGAGUUUCCAACAGAAGAGCUGCUGAAAUCAGAAGAGAUUAAGCAAGAAAAUGCGGAGGAGCCGUAUUGUUGCUCAGAGUGUGGGAAGAGUUUUAAACAGGAGAAUCAUCUCAAAUCACACCAGCGCACUCACGCUGUCGAGAAGUCGUAUCAGUGCUCAGAGUGUGGGAUGGGUUGUAAUAAUCAGAGUAGUCUCCUAAGGCACCAGAGGGUUCACACUGGAGAGAAGCCGUAUCACUGCUCAGAGUGCGGGAAGCGUUUCAGUAACGGCUAUAAUCUCAAAAAACACCAGGUCAUUCACACAGGAGAGAAGCCUUACUGCUGUUCGGUCUGUGGGAAGGGUUUCAGUAGAUACGGUACUCUUCAACUACACCAGCGCACUCACACAGGAGAGAAGCCGUAUCACUGCUCAGAGUGCGGGAAGAGUUUUCGUCAGCAGAGUAAUCUCCUAGUACACCAGCGCAUUCACACGGGAGAGAAGCCAUAUCAGUGCUCAGAGUGUGGGAAGAACUUCAAUCGACUGGAUGUUCUCCAACACCACCAGCGAGUUCACACAGGAGAAAAGCCUUUUAAGUGCUCAGUGUGUGGACAGAGUUUUCGUCAGCAGAACAAUCUCCAAGUACACCAGCGUAUUCACACAGGAGAGAAGCCCUAUUGCUGCCCAUACUGCGAAAGGAGCUUCUCUAGACACAGUAACCUCAAAGAACACGAGCGCACACACUCAGGAGAGAAGCCGUAUCAGUGCUCAGAGUGCGGGAAGAGCUUUCGCCAGCACACUAAUCUCCAAGUACACCAGCGCAUUCACACAGGAGAGAAGCCUCAUAGCUGCUUAGAGUGCGGGAAGACUUUUAACCGGCUGGACGUUCUCCAACAGCAUCAGAGAGUGCACACAGGAGAGAAACCAUAUGAGUGCUCAGAGUGUGGGAAGAGUUUUUGUCAACAGAGUACCCUCCAAGUACACCAGCGCAUUCACACUGGAGAGAAACCAUAUUACUGCUCUGAAUGUGGGAAGAUGUUUAGGUACUCAAAAAAUGUUGCAGUGCACAAGUGCGCUAAGAGGGAGGAAGAUAAUUCUGCAACUGUGGUUUGUGAACCUGAUUACAAUGAAUAAGCAGAAGAUCCAGCUCUGGUCAGGAAUCUAGACUUUCAUGCUCCCACAGUGUUGGAGGGAGGAAAACAGGAGUUAGACUGUUGAACUUUGGGAGCUAUUCAACAGUCUACUGACAAUUUGCAAGGCUGUGCCAUAGAUGUCGGCUUUUUAAAACAUAGGAUGUAAAAGCCAACACUGAAGAAGAGUUUGUCCAGAAGUGUCUACGUAGCCUAUUAGCCCUUGUGUGUGCUGUUGUUUGAUAGUAGUGUUGUCUUAAUUCGGUUUGGUAUUCAGAUUUUUUUGAAUUAUGAAUUUCAUUUUAGGAUUUACAUGAUACAGACUCAAAGCAAUGUUACGUCCACUUCUUCAUUAUCAAUUUGUGCACACAUGAAGCAAAUCAAUACUAAAACAAUGUGCAAAGAGAAAUCAUGGCAUAUGGGAUGUGCAAGUUGAAACAAUAUGGAAACAGUAUAAACGGAAUUUAGACCCCUGCCUGCCUUGGUUGUACUUGCCAUGUUCAUCAGAGUUUCAGCUCAGGCCACCUGGUAGUAUCUGCAGGUUUAUUCUGAGGAAUCUUUUGUCAGUGUCAUUUCUUUGCUUCACUUUUCUUCUGUACUGCUCAGAGACAGUGAUUGGUUCAGUCAAUUGGGUUUCACAGCUCAAAUCAGAAUUACUGGUUAUAUUUUACUUGUAAGUAGGUUUUAUUUUUUCAUUUUAUUUACUUGUUCUUGUUCUAAACCAGCAAGAAUCUAGCUAAUCACUACAGCCCUGUUUUUCCCACCUUGGACAAAGUGCUAUGUUUUCCAUACCCAGUGCUGGAGGUGCCCAGAACUGUAGUAUUGUUUACUUUUCUCUGAUUCAGCUGAUUAAUACGCUGAAAUUUUAGGCCUUACACACAGGAUGGUAAUCUCUGUGGCCUGAGGGUGGGUCAGCUGUGACAUACAACCAGCAGGCUGCUGACUUUAUUGAGUCAGUACACCGACAUAUGCUUACUACCUGGGAUAUCAAGAUUAUGUUGACGUCCUUUUUUUUUUUAAACACAAGCCCAGAUUUAGGUUCUUUAGCUAGACUAUAUCAACAUCCCACAGUUUCACAAAUACAAUUGACAACACAAAGUGCCACUUUAUGAUAUGAUGAUUUGUGUCGCUGCUGUCUGUAUUUCCAUUUUUGCAAUUUUUCAGUUUUUCUCAUAAUUUGAACAUGCCUGUUGACCUUUACAUUGUGUGUAAUUUUCAUGAUGAACAGACUAAAAGAAACAGCCCAAAA